GCCAGAGUUAGGUUUUCGUCGGUGCGUUGCACACCUACUUCCACCCUCUGGCACAAGUUGCAAUUCCUUCCUUUUCUCUUUUUACUAUCGACUGAAGGGAUUCAAAGCAAAUAACAGAUCGGUUGGUCUAAUUGCAGAACCUCCCUCGGCUAACUACGUACCUAUGGCAAGUUGUGAGUCAAAAUCCUAAAGUCAUCAUGGCUUAUUUGAGUACAUCACACAUAUCGCCCCGAAAAUGAGCGGUAAUUCAAGCCAGCAUCUUAGUGACCUUCGCACCAUUUGUCCCCAAUGAUCCAUCUUUUGACACCAAGUCCUGACGUCCUUGCCUUGACUCAUUGUUCUUCACUCACGAAUACUCAUCUCAACUUGUCGCCGCCUGUCUCAUCUCAUCACCCUGACGCCCUGCGCCAACCUUACCAUCAGCUAACCGCGCACCAGCCACUCGUAUCGACUUUUCAUCUUGAGCUCACCGUUACCUCGAACCCCGGUGCGGCCUUGCAUCAUACAGACCCUCUCUCAUGUUUGCAGCCCGAAGCUGUAUCCACAACACCAACCCACCACUCAUCAACUUCCUUUGACGAUCCUGGCACUUAGGCUGCUUGCCUUAAAGCCUGUGCUGCACCCUUGCCGUACCUCAUGCAACCGCGCUUGUGCUCGCGCCUCCGCCUCCAUCACCACUGCUACCACCACCACCACCACCACC